AUGGCCGCAGAGACAAAGCUGCAGCGUGAAACACGCCUCACGGGAAAUAGUGACCUGGUGUCUGCCAUCGAUGCAACGCUUCAGGCAAUGUUGGGGCAAAAGCCCAACUCCGUCCUUGCAAGAAAGGUAGUUGGCCGCUGGUGCCAAUCAGCAAAUGCUCAGGAGUUUAAAGAGAAGAUCAGGGACUACUUGGGUCGCCUGGAUGAACAGGUUCUGCUAGGCUUCUACAUGACGAUCCAGCGUCGUGUCGAAAUGAUGGAAGCAGGACCUGCACGGGAUCCUAGGUGGAUGGAUGCCACAAGCUGCUUGGCUGCUGAACGACACUGCGGACGUUCCGCAGUAACUUUGGUAAUGGAUGACUUGGACUUCACCGAGAACUACUGUGCAUUACUGAAACGAGGUGAGCGCUGUAUCCUCGAGGGAAAGGUCACCCGAGCCUUCGGAAGUUCGCUGGAAGUGGUGGUUCGCAUCUCCGUGGCGGAAGUCCAUAGCGGCACCUUACGAAUGGUUGGGAAUGCAUACUUCAUGUAUGUGGUCCUGAAGACAGAGGCUGAGAAGGCAGGACACAUCAAGGUGGAGGUGCCGACGUUGGUGCCAAGCACUGCUGAGGAGGUCUUGGAAUACGGCCUGGCGGAACGGAGAAGGAACUUCCGGAAAAAGAGAGAGGCACAAGUUGAGGAGCUUGUGAAGAGCACUUCUAUGGAAGAUGAGGCUUCCUCUCUGUCGCCCAAAGCACGGCCAGGUGGGGCGCUUACCUUCACAGAGCUGGUCUUGCCAGUCCAUGCAAACCACAUGGGCAACACUUUUGGCGGCCAAAUCAUGCAUUGGAUGGUUAAGGGUGCAAAAACUGCAGUGUGGCUUCAUCUUCGGCUGGGUUGUGCGCCGCAAGAACGUCCAGAUGCAGAUUUGGGUGUUGGAGGAAAACCACGCAUCCGAACGGAGCAGCUGCUACAUUCUUGGCUUAAACCAGAGAGCGUGGAUACUGUGCAUUUCAAGGCUCCAAGCCAUGUGGGUGACCGAGUGGUGGUUUCAGCUGCAGUGACUCGAGUCUUCUCACAGAGUAUCGAAGUCGCCGUGCGAGUGUCGUCCAACUCGGUGAAUACCCAGGAUACGCCUACAGAGGUGAACGUUGGCCACCUGAAUUUUUCCCUGAUGGGCCCGGAUGGACCGCUCACAGCUCAUGUUCCAGAUGUGACACCCAGUACCAUUGAACAGGACCUGGAGUAUCGAAGAGCCAUUGGACGCCAGAAGUUCCGAGAACUGCGACAUGCGGAAGUGAAGAGGCCAACCCCGUGCCCGGGAAGCUGUUCGCUUUUCAGCGUGGAUUUGGAUGUGAAGGGCAGUCAGGUUCAGGAGGUAGCAAUCCAGUGCAUCUCCUGCAUUCUGUGCCUCAAUGACAAUGCUACUCUCAGAUGGGAGCGCUUGUCCAGCGACGAAGGUGUGCAGUGCUGGGUGGAGUUUGGAUUAAGCAACACUGCAUCAGUGACACGGUUAAAGAUUCAGGCCACGGUGAAAGCUUCACCAAAAGACUGCUUCGAACUUCUCAAAGAUGCUAAAAGGAGGCCAGAGUUCGACGCGGGCUGUUUGGAGGUGCUUGAGUCGGAGAUCACUCAGUGUGGGGAAAAUGCGGAUCUGGUGACCUUUAUCUAUGCAGCUGCGGGCGGCAAAAAGGAAGAACUCUUGAUCUUGCGAGCGCAUCAGGAAGACGAAGCCUGCAACGUUUUCGUCAUCUGCUCACGAAGUGUGCGCUGCGACUCGCGACCUCCACGUGAGGGAAUGCACCGAGGUGAAGUUCUGCCAAGCGGUUUCAUUGUGGCCCCAGCACCUGACACCAAUGGCACCUGCAGCCAAGUCACUUUCCUGGGUCAGUUCAGUCAGUCACUCUUUGAGGUCAUUCAGCCUAUUGCAGUGAGCAAUGUCAAACGCUUCAGGGGCAUCCUCGAGACUACUGAAGGAAAGCCGAACAGCGGUGGAUACUGA